UAACCGUUCGUCGGUCAUUUUCACGAACUAUCCAUUUUGGCUUAGGUGCUAAGGAAAAGCUAUCCGAGCCGUCUGAAAGAAGAUUGAGAAAACCGACGACGAAUCGGAAUGAGAAUGGAGAUGACCGGAGUAUUAUCGAACAAGAUCAGCAAGGAGGAUCUGAAGCCAGGAGAUCACAUCUAUUCGUGGAGACACGGUUAUGUUUAUACUCAUCACGGUGUAUACAUUGGGGAUGAGAAAGUGGUCCACUUCACGAGAGGAGGGUCUGGGCAGGAGAUAGGGACAGGAACAGUGCUGGAUCGUAUAAUUCUGAGUUCAUCCCCUACUCAUUGCUCAGAAAACCCUUGCCCUCGUUGUGGUGAGAACCAAUCAAAUGUCUCCGGCGUUUUAUGUUCCUGCAUCGAUUGUUUCCUCUCAGGCGGGGAUCUCUACCGCUUUCAGUAUUCAGUCUCGUACGCAGUCUUUCUAGCUAAAGCUCGUGGAGGAACUUGCACUUUAGCAGCGUCUGACCCACCUGAGGAUGUUCUUCACCGAGCAGAUUUCUUGCUGAAGAAUGGCUUUGGUGCAUACAAUCUGUUCAAGAAUAACUGCGAGGACUUUGCUAUAUACUGCAAGACAGGUUUGCUCAUCUUGAGUAGCCUGUCGGUGGGUCGGAGUGGGCAGGCGUGUUCCUUUAUAGCGGCUGCUACUUCCAUUGUGUCUUCACCACUCAGGUUCUUGACCACGAGUUUUUCAGGUUUGGCUGCUGUUGGAUGUGGCAUGUAUUGCAUUAGCCGCGUUGUUUCUGAUAUCGGUGUACGUCGCGAUGUGGUUAAGAUUCCGGUUGAGAGGCUUGCUUCUCCGUCUGGCUUGGAUGAGUUGCAAACUGAGGCCGCGGUUAAGGAUGAUUAGAAAUUAUUAUUAAUCAACUGGAAGGUGUGUUAUGGUGGCAUUUGUAAUAAUUAUUGCUUAAGUUGGAUUUCUACUUGAUAUUGGCUCUUCUGUCCUUGAAGCUAUGAAAUCAGCACUAUUGUUAUGA